AUGGCUGCUGUAACAAAUCCGGCAACUGUGGCUUCGGCCCCGAUUGUGAGUAGUAUUGAUUGCGGAACCAACUGUCAAUCGGACUGUGAUCGCAAGUCGGAGUGCAAUCCUGGAUUCGGCUCUAAAUGGGCUGAAAACGACAAAUGCCCUCUCAAUGUCUGUUGCUCCAAGCACGGAUAUUGUGGGACUACCAAAGACUUCUGCGGUUCGAAAAAGGUCAAGAAGCCCAGUUGCAGCAAGACUGGCGAUGUCUCUCGAGUUAUUGGAUACUUUGAGGGAUGGGCCAAAGCCCGUCCCUGCGAAGCCUUCUCCCCCGAGCAGAUUCCGAUCGGACUAUACACGCACAUCAACUUCGCUUUCGCUACCAUCGAUCCCAAGACCUUCGAGAUAAAGCCAGACAAAGAAUCCGACAUCCGAAUGUAUAAGCGUCUUACCGACCUCAAGAGACGUGAUCCUGAACUCAAGGUCUAUAUCGCAGUUGGUGGCUGGACCUUCAACGACCCAGGUCCAACCGCGUCUACGUUUUCCGACCUUGCGGCUUCUCUUCCUCGUCAAAGAGCCUUUAUGAAGUCUCUUGUGUCGUUUAUGAGUACCUACGGGUUCGAUGGCCUGGACUUGGACUGGGAAUACCCUGUCGACACAGACAGAGGCGGUCGGGCCGUUGACUUUGCCAAUUUUCCCAAGUUCAUGGAGAGGCUCAAGAGCAUGAUGGACGCCGCCGACAAAGGUCUCAGUAUCACGCUGCCUGCCUCAUAUUGGUAUCUGAGACAGUUCGACAUCAAGAAACUGGAAAAAACGGUUGACUUCUUCAACAUAAUGUCCUACGACUUGCACGGUGCCUGGGACCAAGGCAAAAACUACACACAGCCCUUUCUCAAUGCUCACAGCAACCUUACGGAGAUUGACCUCGCUCUCGAUCUGCUUUGGCGCAACAACAUUCAGUCUGACAAGGUCGUCCUUGGCAUGGGCUUCUACGGUCGCGCUUUCUCGGUUCAGACUGGAACCUGCACCAAACCCGGUUGCUUGUUUAAAGCAGCGGGUAAGGCUGGGGACUGUAGUCGCGAGAAGGGCAUCCUAUUGAACUCGGAGAUUGUCACUACUAUCAAGAAGUACAACAUCAAACCCGAGUUCUACAAGGAGGAGGCUGUCAAAGUUGCCAAAUGGGGUAACCAAUGGGUUUCCUACGAUGACGAGGACACCUUCAAACUCAAGACGGACUAUGCAAAAUCUCGAUGUCUUGGAGGUGUCAUGGUAUGGGCCAUAUCGCAUGACACCAAAGAGGCGAGAUUUAACAAAGCGCUGGCCUUGUCACUGAACCGCAAAACCACAUCGGGCGAGUUCGACGAGAACGAGAAGGCAUACGACAUCAAGAAGAUUCCCAACGAGCAAUGUCGCUGGACCAAUUGCAAGGAGGGAUGUCGCAAGGGCUGGGUGGCUAUCCCCCGCAGCGACUCAGGUGCGCGCAAGAACGAGAUCAUGUUCGACGAGACUGGCUGCGGCGGCGACGGAGGCCAUACCUUCUGCUGCCCUGCAGGAGAUACAAAGAUCCCCACGUGCGGCUGGUACGGGCAUAACAAUGGCCGUUGCCCAACUCGCAGCGAGUGUCCAAGCGACAUGACGGAGAUUGCCUCGAACGAGAUUUACUGCAAGAAGAAAGGCUCGAAGAAGCAGAACUUCCAGACGGCCUGCUGUAAGACCGAUGUCGUGGGUACAAAGGUCUACGGCACUUGCGAAUGGGGUCAGUAUCCGAAGUGCGAUGCUCAGGAAGGCUGCCCCAAUCCUCUCGGCAACAAGAAGAUGGGCUCUCUGUUGGCCUACUCGGCGUCUGGAUCUGGUGGUGGCAACUGCGACGACGCGAAGAACGAACUCGGUCUCAAUGUCCCUGGUGUACAGUACCGUAAGUUCUGCUGUAACGACAGCGACAAGAACCUUCGCUUCACAGAUUGCCAGAAGUUCAGGAAUGUUGGGCCAGAACCUGAGGUCAUGCCUAGAGGUUUCUGUCGCAGUGGUUGUCCUCCCGAUCGUAUCCAGGUUGCUAUUGACACCCAGGUCGAUACUUGUGCUAUCGCAGGGGUUGGGGGAAUGGCUCAUUGCUGCAAGACAGACUAUGCCGAGAUUUUCGAGGUAGAGAACCCCAAGAUCGACGCAUUUGAGAACGACGUCAAAGCAUGGAUCAAGAAUCCAACUUGUCCAAAAGACGACGGUGGUCUUUUCAAGCGCUUUGAUCCGACAAACGACCUUGCGAUUAACUCAUCGAUAUCCAUGAAUUUAUCCCCAAGGGCUAAAGAAAUGGAAGAUUCGUAUGACGUGGUUAUAUUGCUGGCCCGACUCAUCGCUGGCAUGAUCUCCAAAGAGGUGGCGGAAGCACUCACACCGAAAUGGAAUCUUGUUGUGGAGGAAGAAUACCCGAAUUUGGUUGUAGAGACCCUCCAGAAAGCGAAGAAGGAGGUGCCCGAGUGGGAGGAUGAGGACGCCGAAGUCAUGUCGCGCGUCACUAUAUGCGAUCCUAAACGGGCCAACGCCAGGAUCGCCGCCAUUUUGGGCAAGGGUAGUGAUGGAAGGACGUUGGCAUUCAACUGUACAAACACCAUAUGUCAGAACGGCGUUUGCGAGCCUGGUACCCCCGAGGCAGCCAGGAGGCGUCGUGGCCUAUCAAUGAGUAGGGCCUCACAUUCAGUUGCACACCUCCAUUACCACUUGCAUGCUCGACAAGCAGGUGCAGAGCAUAAUGAGGUGACUCUCACAGAUAGAGGCGGAGGUUCAGCGACAAUUGAAUACAACGUUCCCGCUCACGAUGAGCCCAAGAAAUUGGUUUUGAGGAAUCCAGAUGCUCAGGUGGUCCGGUUUGCCAACGAAGCAGAUUGUCACGAGACCAGGCUAUGGUAUACAACAUGGUCUGUCUCGUUGGAGGAUAGGGGCUUUCAGAACGCUGGUUUUGCAAAUGGAGCUCAGUCUGAGUACCAUGGGAUACCUGCAAGGUUUUGGGAAGAGGCGCUACGACUCGGGGCACUACAUGGCGGUUUCCCCCGUAUUGAGGGCCGUAGUAGCGCGUUGUCUGAUCAGAAUCUGGUGAGCCGUAUGUUCGACUGUCUAGGCAGUCGGGACAACUUUCGAAACUUUGUCAUCGUUGCAAGACCCAUCAACGCCGUAAAGGGCAGGCUUAUGCAACUCUAUCAACCUCUCGCGCUGAACCGGCUCGAUACUUAUGACACCGAUGAGAUGAUGGCACAUAUUCGAGCAGUUAUUUCAUUGUUUGAAUACAUGGAUUCCGAAGAAGAAGACGAGAACGGCGAGACCGUCAAAGUCAAAGUCAACAGAAUCGUCAACAACAUCGUAGUACAGUUGGAUUACGCACAAGAUCUUUGGAAUAGGGAGCACCCGGGUCUCCCUGUCCCAGCGGCUAAGUUCUUCGUUGAGUGGCUAGCAGACUACUUGGAGGAGGCAGGAAGAAUUGCAAGAGAGUGGAUUCACGAGGCCAUUGCUAGACUCAGAACCAGGCAGCGAGCGGCUUCGGGUGCCAGAGCGGAAGAGAUUAGGCUAGCCAUUGCUUCUUUUGAGGGUCAGAUGAGCGUUGUGCGCGUUAUGACGGACUGGGAUAUCCCUUUGUUGGAGGAUGAAGACGAAAUGAGUACUGGAUCAGGUUGA